AUGCUAGAUGUUCUUAGUCUAAAACACCCUUCAUCAAGACCUGCAUCAACAAGAGUAAAUAGUCAUCAUCAACUUCCCUUCUCAAAACCAUUAGGCUAUUUCCCUCCCGUAGGAGGCAUUCCCUUGACAGACACAAAUCCAAAUGUUGGGAUGAACGGAUUGCAUACUCACACGCUUGAUUUGGAAGGAAUCAGCAUGACAUUCCCAGCUAUAGCCACACUUCAAGAAUUAGAACUAGGGACAGUGACAACAAUCAAUGAGGACAUAUACGAAGGUUCCAUUUACGGUUCAUCUUUGAUGGGGAAAGCUCAAGGAAUGUAUGUAGCGAGUUCUGCAGAUGGUAACAGUCAUAUGAUGGCGAUGACUACUAGUUUUCUUGGUAAUGAGUAUGAGGAUGGUCUAAGGUUUUUCGGAGUGCAUAGGGGCGAUGUUUUUGAAUCACAUAUAGCAGUCAUAGGAGGUACCGGAAAGUAUCAUGAUGCAAAUGGCUAUGCUACUGUCAAGAUUGUCAAUGCAACAUCUAACAAAAGUGAAGAAGCAUACAAGAUUCUUUCAUUCAAUGUUUAUCUUGGUUAA